UUAGACAUUACACAUCGACCUACGGCGGGUCACAGAGGAGCAUAUCAUCGCUCACCCUUGAAACCAGCGCUUUGAAAGAGCAUCCACAACUGUGCCAUUCAACCCGCGCGAAUACACCCUAAUCCGGACCUCUGCCUGACAAAAGGGGGUUCUAAUACCGGACAAUGACACUGACCCAUAACCGGAGAUAGUUAUGCAUCCAAGAGUGUGGAGAAUGAUGCUCACCCUGGUCGCUGGAUUUUCUCUCUGGCUGCCGGCGCUCUCGGAGGUAAACGGUGAUGACAGCUACCUGAAUGCAGUGCAGAGUACAGGUCCUCUGUCCUGCUCUGAGGGCUUCACUGAGCUGGGCUAUUACAAUGGAACUGUGUCUCAGACUGACUCAGGUUCACCCUGUCUGAAGUGGUCUGAGUUCCCUGAUUAUGUGCAGCAGUAUCCAGGCAGGGGUCUGGGAGAGCACAAUUUUUGUCGAAAUCCUGACCGUGAGUCCAACCCAUGGUGCUUUUUCAGACAGAGCUCAGGAGCCAUUGGUUGGGCCUACUGCGACUGCCACCAGGGAGCAGUCAGGUUAGCGGGGGGUUCAUCCUUAAAAAGUGGCCGUCUGGAGGUCUACCUGAAUGGCCAGUGGGGGUCAGUUUGUGAUACGCACUGGACUGACCAUGAUGCCAGCGUGGUUUGCCGACAACUUGGACUGGGUGAUAUUGGCAUGGCUCUCCAGCACUCAUAUUUUGGCCCCGGCUCUGGACUCUUUCACUACGCCCGCCUAGGUUGCCGUGGCAAUGAGAAAUCCCUGCUGCAGUGCAGGAGUAGGAAGUUUGUUACUAGCGACUGUAACCAUGGAAACGAAGCUGGAGUGGUGUGCACGCCACCUGAAGGUAAUGGACCGCCUCUGCGGUUGGUUGGGGGGGAGGAGGACUUUGAGGGACGAGUUGAGGUCUUCCAUGAUGGGCGCUGGGGUACCAUCUGCGAUGAUCAGUGGGAUGAUAUGGAUGCUGAGGUGGUCUGCAGGCAGCUCGGACUAGGCGGCAUCCCCAAGGCCUGGUCAUGGGCUCAUUUUGGACAGGGAAUUGGGCCGAUCCAACUGGAUGCAGUGCAGUGCACAGGCAAUGAGCUCUCUCUGGACGAGUGCCGUCACAACGGGUGGGAACAACACAACUGUGACCAUAUGGAAGAUGCUGGGGUGUCAUGCAACCCCUAUACAGAUGGGGUAGUGAGACUGGUAGAUGGUGAUAACCCAUGGGAAGGUCGUCUGGAGGUGUAUCACUCCGGGGAUUGGGGCACAGUGUGUGAUGACAGCUGGACAGAGCAGCAUGCACAGGUGGUCUGCAGACAGCUGGGAUUCAGGGGCGGUGCAGAGGUCGCCCCCAAUGGAAUGUUUGGAGAAGGAACAGGGCUGAUUCUGCUGGAUGAUGUGGAGUGUGAGGGGAGAGAGAGCUCUCUGCCGGAGUGUAAACAUGGCAUGUGGGGUCGACAUGACUGCUCACACAGCGAAGAUGUUGGAAUACGCUGCCAUAGGGCAGAAAACAAUGAGGUUCCACUGGCUUCAGAAACUACUGGACCUCUGGUGCGAUUGGCAGGCAGUGACAACAGGAAAGAGGGUAGAGUUGAGGUAUUAUUGAACGGAGAAUGGGGCAGCAUCUGUGAUCAUGGCUGGAAUGAUGUCAGUGCCGCUGUCGUCUGCCGGCAGCUCGGGUUCAGCGGGGUGUCCAAAACACGGCCAAUGGGUUAUUUCGGAGCAGGGAAGGGGCCCAUCCAUCUGUCCAAUGUGAGAUGCACUGGGAAGGAGUCGUUUCUUGGGGAGUGCCCUUCUAAAGGACAGGAUAGCCACGUGUGUAAGCAUGGACAGGAUGCAGGUGUUGUGUGUGAUUAUUUGCCUGAGUCAGAGGCUGACAUAGCAGUGGUGGGUACACACACCUGCGGUCUGAGAGCUGGUGCUGAGAGACGCAGCAAGAGGAUUGUAGGAGGAUACAAAUCCCUCAGGGGUGAAUGGCCCUGGCAGGCCUCCCUCUGGCUCAGAUCUCAGUCUAAAGGGAAUCACCCUCUGUGUGGAGCCACCCUCAUCAACUCCUGCUGGCUGCUCACUGCAGCUCACUGCUUCAAACGGUUUGGAAUUGAUGCUUCACGGUACGUGGUAAAACUUGGGGAUUAUCACACACGGGAGCAGGAUGAUUUUGAGCGUGUGCUCUCUCCAGAGCGCAUAGAGGUGCACAGGAAGUACCGAACAGAGAGCUGGGAGCAUGAUGUGGCUCUGAUUCGACUGAAGGGCGCCGAGGGGAAGUGUGUGGCCUUUAACCCACAUACUAAUGCUGCCUGCCUGCCCGCGCCUGGCAGCAAGUGGGGCAAGAGACCUGCGUCUUGUGUCAUCACCGGCUGGGGAGUAACUGACUCUGAGCAACCGAGCACUCUUCUCCAGGCUUGGGUUCCUCUUCUGCCCUCAUGGCAGUGUAAGAAGCGUUACGGCGAGCGUUUCACUAGCCACGACAUGCUGUGUGCUGGCAGCAUGACCUCUGACCUCCGAAAGCAUGCUGACAGCUGCCAGGGUGACAGCGGAGGUCCGCUAGUGUGUCAGGGCGAAGCAGGGCGCUGGGUGCUCACAGGAGUCAUUUCCUGGGGCCACGGCUGUGGUGAUCCCUCUUACCCGGGUGUAUAUUCACGGGUCAGCCGUUACCUUCCCUGGAUCGAACAGGUGACACAUAGCACCGCCCCUCUCCAACACUGAACCACCUCACACUCACUAAAACCAAUCGCCUGUCACACUUCUGAAAAACAGGACUCUACAAAAGGAGACACAAGAGCAUGAGAGUGCUUUAUGCUUUGAACACCCUGCUCUCUGCAAUAGUCCUGGAUCUUAACUGCUCUGUAUUUUAACUGUACAAUUCACUUUUAUGUAGUCUUUAGCAUUUAGAGAUUAGAGCCUUUCCUUAAUCUCUGGGUAUAAAAGCAAAGUACAAUGAUUCUGUGAAGGAUUUCAUUCUUUUAGGACUUUGUAAGAAUGAACAUUGUGACUUUACAGGAAAAGACGGUGUGUGAUUCUAUUGUGCAUUUAAAAUGUUUGUAGUGCUGUCCAGAGGCUGCAGUGCAUGUUAAUGUAUGUAUUGUAUUCAAAAGCAAUUGCAGCUACCCAGGCCUUCUGCAUGGUAGCAUAAGCUCUGCAAAGGCAGGUUUAUUUCUUAUUAUGUUGAUUCCUCUAGGGUUCAACUACUCAAAGGCUUGAACUUGACUUCAAAACUUUUUCAGUGUUGUGGAUUAGACAAGUAGAGUCGAAGUCCACAUAAAUCAUGUAGGCUUUUUUUUUAUAUAGCUGACAGUUAAAGUGAUCUUUAAAGCCACGAGUCUUCUAUAAAUGUGUCAUAUGUUCAAUGCUAUAAUGCUGUUACAGUUUUGUUUUUUAGGUUGAUAAUAUUUAGCUCUUCAAAUUGACAUUCAAUCAUAUGGUUCAUAUCAAAACUGAUACAUUAACAUAAAAAGUUCUUGAAAAUAAAUGUCUCAGAAUAUGUUGUUUUGUUUCGUCUCGGUCUUAUUAGAAGUUUUAGGGCUUAGAUGGCAUUUUAGAAUCAUAAUAGCAAAUAGCCUAAUGUGACUUAUCUCUGAUGGUCUGUUUUAUUCAGUUUGUAAUGGUGAUUUAUUACAAUGUGUCAUUGUGUAAAUAUUUAAUGGCAAUUUGUGAUGGUUCCGUCCAUCGAACAGGUGAAAUCAAGAGGCCUUCUUUGAAAUUCUAAUUGCUAAUGUGUCGGAACGAAGACAAGGUUUGAACAAUGAUUGCAUUUUUGUUGACUGUUUGUGUUAUGACAUUUAUUUUGUUGCAUCUCUAACUGUUCCUGUACAUUGUUCUAUGAACUGUGUGUUUUCAUCCAGUGGGUGGCGAUAUUGUGUUUUUUUACUCUAUCUGUUUUGUGCUGUGCUUAGAAAACAUUCUUCAGUCCCAUCUCUGUUUCUCAUUUUAAUCUCUAUAUUCACUGUUUCUUCCCAAAUUCCACUGGAACUAUGGAACAUAAUUUCAAUGAUACAUUCAUGCACAGAAUGAUUCUUUUUUUUUUUUUGUCACUUGGAGAGAAAAAUUUAAGUAACAUGGGCUCUUUAAAUUGUAAGCUUAUUCAGUUAUUGGUGAUUAAGAUUAAGGUUCAUGGAUCAAAAUGUAUAAAUUCUGCAUUAAGAGUUCCAAAUUCAUAAAAAUUCAUAAGGCCAGUAUUUAUUGUAUUUGACUUCUUAUUUGCGAUUAAUUCCAUUUGUGCAAAAUAUUACUGCUAGGAAAAAGCAAUAUGACACAAUUUAACCCAGAUGUGAGGAUGACAAAGUCUUUUGUCUUGUCAGGUAUAUUUCUUUGGCUAAUAUUUUUGUAUGGAUAUGAAUGUCCAUUUUUAUGUACAUAAUAUCACAAAGUAUAUCUGUGGAUUUUAACAACAAAUAUCUGCAGAAUCACUCCUUAAACACAGGCACAAUUUGCUGCAAUAUCUUAAAUGACGUUUGAAAGCCAGCUCUUAAUAUUAAAAGCAACAUUCAGCCUGCUUUAUUAUUAAUUCAAAUUGUUGUACAAAUUCUUUUAAUAAUUUGAUAUUGCCCGCUAAAUUAGUUACCAGGCAUAUAUUGUUCAUGUAUUGUUGAGCCAUGCCUUCCAUUCCAUUGCUAUAAAAUCCAGUAAGCCUAUGCAUUCCAUAAUGGAUGUUGAAGAAACAGGAAUGGUUUGGUUUAGAUCUCAAAGCACAUCUUCUCUUUUGCUUCAGUUGGUCUAGUAGGUACAAUUCUGGAGAUGUAUUAAAUGGAAACUGUACUGUAUAGAAUGGUCCUCCUCUCUGAAGACUAAUUUCUCUCUAUGUUUUUGGAUGAUGCCUGUUUAGAUCUUCAAAAGCCAUUCUUCUAAGUAAACUACACUUGCCUCCAAGAACACUGUUUAAAGUGGCCAAUCAUUGCAUCAGAGCCUUUGGACUCUUCAUCAAGGGCCACAAGGGGCCGAGUCGGGAGGGGUGGAUGUCUGUUGUUUGUCAUGCAAACAUCUGUUUGUAUGUUUAUGAUGUUCUCAAUCAUUACUAAGUCUUUGAUUUCCUGUAAAAAUGCUUUGAAUAUUUUCAUGUGUGACAAGUGCCAAAAUAAAGUGAC